AUGGAUUCGAAGAAGUGCAAGCCUUCUAAGGGUGUUGCAUCUUUGAUGAAUGUUGUUCCACUGAGUGUUCCAAAGCAGGAGGAUGAGAUGGCCCGAUCCCUCAAGGAUAACAUAGCUGUUAAGAGUAAUGUGGAUAUAGACCUCAGGGAAGUUUACUUUUUAAUUUUGAAUUUUUUGUCUGCUGGGCCAUGUCAGAGGUCUUUUGUUCAGCUCAGGAAUGAGCUUUUAGAGCACCGACUUCUACCUAGAAGGUAUCAUGCUUGGUUUUCAAGAAGUGGUGAGCCCGGAGAAGAUGAUGCUGACGAUGAUGAUGGCAUCUCUUUACCUUUAGAUUACAAUAGUUUAAUGGACAGGUAUCCUCACAUAGCUAAGGACCACAUGGUAAAGCUUCUGAAGCAAUUAAUGCCGAGUACAACCCAUCCUUUGAAUGGAAAGCAUGGAGGAAGUGGUCCUAAUGCAGCGGAUGUUCCCACUUUACUCGGAGAUGGUUCAUUUUCGCUUCUUGAUAUUGAUAGAAAAGCGACUGGUAAGCAAGUGAAGCGACCUCCAGUUUACAUGCGGUGGCCACACUUGAAGGCUAAUCAGGUUCAGGGGCUAAGUUUAAGAGAAAUUGGAGGUGGUUUUACAAAGCACCAUCGUGCUCCAUCUGUUCAGAGUGCCUGUUAUGCUAUUGCCAAACCAUCUACCAUGGUGCAGAAGAUGCAAAAUAUUAAAAAGCUAAGGGGCCACCGUGUGGCUGUCUAUUGUGCCAUACUUGAUGGAUCAGGGCGAUAUGUUAUCAGUGGCUCUGAUGACCGUCUUGUCAAGAUUUGGUCUAUGGAAACUGCAUUUUGUUUGGCUAGUUGUCGUGGACAUGAUGGUGACAUUACUGACUUGGCAGUAAGCUCAAACAAUGCUUUGGUGGCAUCUGCUUCAAAUGAUUAUUCUAUUCGAGUUUGGCGCUUACCUGACGGGAUGCCCAUAUCAGUUUUGCGUGGGCAUGGUGGAGCUGUGAAUACCAUUGCGUUUAGUCCCAGGCCGACUGCUGUAUACCAGCUGCUAUCGUCAUCGGAUGAUGGAACAUGUAGAAUAUGGGAUGCAAGAAAUUCACAAAAUCCAUGCAUAUACGUACCGCGGCCUUCAGAUGCUAUAAUUGGGAAGGGAAAUACUCCAUCAGCUAAUCUACCGUCCUCAAGUAAUGCUCAACCAGAACUUCAAAUACUUUGUUGUGCAUAUAAUGCAAAUGGAACUGUUUUUGUUACUGGUAGCUCUGAUACUUUUGCCAGGGUAUGGAGUGCUCCUAAGCCCAACACUGAUAACUCAGAGCUACCAAUACAUGAGAUGGAUUUAUUAUCUGGUCAUGAGAAUGAUGUUAAUUAUGUACAGUUCAGUGGUUGCGCCGUGUCUUCGAAAAUUUGGACAUCUGACUCUUGGAAAGAAGAAAAUACACCGAAGUUUAGAAAUUUCUGGUAUUCUCAUGAUAACAUAGUUACCUGCUCUCGUGAUGGAAGUGCAAUUAUAUGGGUUCCCAGAUCACGUAGAUCUCAUGGAAAAGUUGGACGUUGGAUUCGUGCGUAUCAUCUAAAAGUGCCAACACCACCCCUGCCUCCUCAACCUCCACGAGGAGGUCCAAGACAGAGAGUGCUACCUACUCCCCGCGGCGUUAAUAUGAUUGUAUGGAGUCUAGACAACCGUUUUGUAUUGGCAGCUAUUAUGGAUUGCAGAAUAUGUGUUUGGAAUGCAGUUGAUGGCAGCUUAGUGCACUCUUUGACUGGUCAUACUGAAUCUUCUUAUGUUUUGGAUGUUCAUCCUUUCAAUCCCCGGAUAGCUAUGAGUGCUGGGUAUGAUGGUCGAACCAUUGUGUGGGAUAUAUGGGAGGGCAUACCUAUUCGAACAUACGAAAUUGGACGCUUUAGGCUGGUCGAUGGGAAGUUUUCUCCGGAUGGAACAUCAAUCGUGCUUUCAGAUGAUGUUGGACAGAUAUAUUUUCUGAGUACAGGUCAAGGCGAGUCUCAGAAGGAUGCAAAAUAUGAUCAGUUUUUCCUUGGUGAUUACCGUCCUCUAAUUCAGGAUACUCAGGGAAAUAUUCUUGAUCAGGAAACUCAACUUCCACCACACCGAAGAAACAUUCAGGAACCUCUAUGUGAUUCUAGCAUGAUCCCAUAUCCAGAACCUUAUCAGAGUCAAUUCCAGCGACGACGUCUUGGUGCUCUUGGCAUUGAAUGGCGCCCUUCUUUGAUAAAAUAUGCUAUUGGUCCAGAUUUUAGUGUUGGCCAGGAUUACCAGGUGAUACCUUUGGCUGAUUUGGAAGGAGUGCUUGAACCACAACCAGAGUUUUUGGACGCCUUGUUAUGGGAGCCUGAAUAUGACAUCGUGAGUGAUGAUAAUGACUCUGAAUACAAUGUGAACGAGGAUAACUCUAGCGCAGCCGAGCAAGGGACUAUUAGUGCCAUCUCUUCUAGUGACUUAGAAUACAGUGAAAGCGACUCUAAUAAUAGGGAUGGUCUUAGAAGAUCAAGAAGGAAAAGCCAUAAUAUUGGAGUUGAGGGAAUGACUUCUGGAAGGCGUGUUAGGAAAAGGAAUUUGGAAGAAUGUAACGGUAAUACUUCUGGAAAUAACAAAGUUAAGAAAUCCAGAGGAAGCUUAAAAUCAGCAAAAAAGAAAUCUUCCAAAGCUAAGACAUCGAGACCUCGGAGAACUGCUGCCCAUAAUGCUCGUAAUAUGUUCUCUCAUAUUGGCGAAACAUCUACUGAAGGGGAAGAUAAUUAUUCUGAAGAUGAAUCAUCUGACAGUUUUCAAGAUUCAGAAAAUCUUAGUGAACCUGAGAGCAAAGUCCAUAUUAAGCGGGAAGAACUUAAAAAAGCCCCAUCGGAAAAGUCUGCCAAUGCAUCCAAGCCACCUCCAUAUUCUGACUCUCAGACAAAUCUUGAAAGUAGACCGAGGCUGGUUCUUAAGUUUUCACUUCCUAAGAAGAAUGUGCCUUUAGAGGAUGCAAAAUUUGCACGUGAGAAUCAGGCUGAUAUGGUAUGUCAGUCUUCUAUACCCCAACCCCUAGAAAGUGUUCAAAAAACUUUGCCAGACACACAUGGUAUGUCAGAUACUACCAAUGCAGGCAACAACAGAAAUGAAAAUGUUAUAAAUCAUCUGGAUACAUCUAUAUGUCUCGAGGAGAGCACAGGUCAGAGCAGACAGAUGAGAAAACACACAUAUGACCUUUCAAGAUCAGGGGAUGCUUUGUUGACUGAUACUGAAAUUAACGGUCAUUCUGAAUUUAUUGCCAAUGGGAAAUCAGAACAUAUGAAUAGCAAGUUAAAGACUGACAGUAGCAUGGUUAAUAUAGAGCUGUCUGAUUUUGAUAAUACAGCUAAAUUUUCAUCGCUUGAAUCUUGGGGGCUUGACAACGAUCAACCAAUUGCUGAUGGUCCCAUAGCUUCUGGUUAUGAUAAGUUGAAUGAUGGUUAUAAAGACCAGUCUAAGUCUGAUAAGUGCACAGAGGAUUCACAGGAAAACAAUGAAGUUGUUCAUUCAAGCCACUCUCAAGACCUCAAAAUGAAAGCACCCCUUAAAGCAACUAAAAUAGUUAUUAAAAAGAAACAGCCUCUAGAAGACAUUGAAGGUCCUUCCAAACUGAAAUUUGGUAGUUCCAAGACAGAUUCAAUCGGUACUAGAAAUGAUGUAAUCUCUGGAAAUCCCUCUUUUAAAGGGCCUGAUCGAUUACCAGAAGCACUAGAAGGGGGAGAUGGCAGAAGUACAAGUUAUCCGCAGCUACUUAAUUCAUAUUCUGACCAGAGAAGUUAUAACCACGUACAUGAAAGGAAUAAAUUAAAUAAAAGGGAACCUAAACCUAAUGGUUUUGGUUUUGAUCUGGAAGAAAAUGCUUCAGUUUACAGCAAUCAGCAUAGCUUAGGAAUUGAUUUAUCUAAUGCUGGCAGCGAUCCUAUUCGUCGAGCGCGAUCAAUUAGGAUGAAAAAAACUUACGAGGAGCCAGAUGCUUUGAACGAGAGGAUUAAAAUCCGAGGUGGCCAAAGUUCAAGGGGCACAUCCAGCCGGGAAGGUUCUUCUAUCAAAGUGUCUGAUGAACUUCAUCAAAGAACAAGGUCUGCUAGAAACAGGUCUGAUGAAUAUAUUGCCAAUGAUCCUGGUAUUUUAGCUCAAAGCAUGCCAAAUUACCAUGUCAAAAAGCUUUCAUGGCUAAUGCUUUCGGAAGAGCAUGACGAGGGUUACCGUUAUAUUCCUCAACUCGGGGAUGAAGUUGUAUACUUGAGACAGGGUCAUGACGAAUACAAAACCUCAUGUCUUACGACGUCUGAACAAGGUCCGUGGUCAUUAUUUAAAGGACUAAGGGCUGUUGAAAUUUGCAAAGUUGAUAAACUUGAGUAUGCAGAGGUCCCAGGUUCUGGGGAUAGCUGUUGUAAGCUCAGACUGAGAUUUGUGGAUCCUUCUUCAUUUGCGUUUAAUAAAUCAUUCAAAUUAACUUUACCUGAGUUGAACGACUUCUCCGAUUUUGUUAUUGAGAAAACAUUCUAUGAUGCUGUCAUGAAGAGAAAUUGGUCCCCAGAAGAAAAAUGCAGAGUAUGGUGGCGGAAUCCAGAUGGGGAAGGUGGAAGUUGGUGGAAAGGUCAAAUAGUUGAAGUGAAGGCCAAAUCUGAUGCAUUCCCUGACAGUCCUUGGGAUAGGUUUGAGGUAAAGUAUGAUACUGAUCCAAUAGAAUAUCAUCGACAUAGUCCUUGGGAACUCAAUGAUCCUGGGAUUCAACGAGAGCACCCCCACAUUGAUCCUGAGAUUCAACGAGAGCGCCCCCACGUUGAUCCCGAGAUCAGAGAUAAGCUGCUGUCUUAUUUCACUAAAUUACACAGGGAUAAGUAUGAUAUCCAGGCACUGAACCGAGUAGCAGCGAAGUCGGACUAUUCAAACAGGUUUCCUGUUCCAUUUUGUCCCGAACUGAUUCAGUUAAGGCUAAAGAAUGAUUACUAUCGGAGUGUGCAAAGUGUCAAGCAUGAUAUAACGGUGAUGCUAUCAAAUGCUCAAGACUACUUUACAGUUACAAAAAAUGAUAAGCUGCAGGGGAAGGUCAAGCGAAUAUCAGAAUGGCUUAGAAGAAAACUUGAAAGGAUAUAG